CAGACAGAAACAUCUACAAGCAGCUGAGAGCACAAGUUUGUAAGAAGACUGAUCUUUUCAGAGGCUGAAAUCUCUCACACAAAAAGGAGACGCGGACUUAACUCUUCCUUUUUUAUCCUAAACGAGAGAGUGUGAGAGAGAGAGAACCUGAAUUCUCAGGAGAGCUGUGUAUCUGUAACAACAAGGCAAUGAGAUCAUCGUCUCUGGAUUGAAUGAACUCGACAUGAAGGGGAGAAACCCCGAGAGGAAACUGGAUGCCAAAAUGUGGACAAAAGGGAGAAGGAGACAGGGAUUUUAGAACUGAGCCUUUUGUAUUUAUUUAUUUUUGAGAUUUUUACCAGAAGUUUUGCUUGUCUAAAACAAGGCUUUUGUAGGCUGUUGGUGUUUUUUUUCCUACUUAAACUCCAGUGGAACCAUGUGAGGACCCGUCGUAGCUCUGAAGAGGUUCUGACUAGUGACUGUCUGGGCCAGGCCGACCUCCGGCCACUCGCAGGGCAUGUCUGUAGAGGAUGGAGGAACCGCUGCCGGCCUCAAGGCUCACACCGCUGCUUCAGAUCACUGUGACAGCCACUCUCUGCAGGAAGGUCAGGACCGGGAUGUGAAAACCCAGACCCAGAACCAGGGCCAGAACCAGGGCCAGGAUGGGAUUGUUUUGGAACGCAUUGCCUCCCUGUCACUGGACAUGUUUGAGCCCAGUGCCUUCACUGGGAGGUUCUCAAAGAUCCAGUCCAAGCCCAGAAAGAGGAGCAGGAUACUUGGAGCUUCUCCAGUGGGACUGAAGCCGCCCCUCCCGGCAGCCAGCGGAACGGUGGGAGAGAGGAAAGGUCCCGUCGUCAUGGCGCCCGUCAACGUAGACCCCGAGAGCAAGCCGGGCGAGUUCGUCCUCAAAAGCUUGUUCGCCAACUUCACUUUGCUUUCUGAACGCAAGAUCCGUAUCAUCAUGGCAGAGCCGCUGGAAAAGCCACUAAACAAAUCUCUGCAGAGAGGAGAAGACUCUCAGUUUGACCAGUUAAUCAGCACGAUGAGCUCUCUAGCAGAGUACUGCUUGCCAUCCAUCCUGAAGACGCUGUUUGACUGGUACAAGAGGCAGAACGGCCUGGAGGACGAGUCCCAUGAAUACCGACCCAGAGCCAACACCAAGUCCAAAAAUGACGAGCAACAGAAGGACUACUUACUGGAGCGAAGGGAUUUGGCAAUAGACUUCAUCUUUUCUCUAGUACUUAUAGAAGUUUUGAAGCAGAUCCCGCUCCAUCCUCUUUUGGACGGACUCAUCCAAGAAGUUGUAAAUCUGGCCUUCAAGCACUUCAGAUACAAGGAAGGGUAUCUGGGGCCAAACACGGGCAACAUGCACAUCGUGGCCGACCUCUAUGCUGAAGUAGUGGGAGUUGUAGCACAAUCAAGGUUCCCAGCAGUACGUAAAAAGUUCAUCUCUGAGCUGAAGGAGCUGCGACAGAAGGAGCAGAGCCCCUACGUCAUCCAGUCCACCAUCAGCCUCAUCAUGGGACUCAAGUUUUUCCGCAUCAAAAUGUACCCGGUGGAGGACUUUGAAGCCUCCUUCCAGUUCAUGCAGGAGUGCGCCCAGUAUUUCUUGGAAGUGAAAGAUAAAGACAUUAAGCACUCGUUGGCAGGACUCUUUGUGGAAAUACUCGUACCUGUAGCUGCUACUGUGAAAAAUGAGGUGAACGUUCCCUGUCUCCGGAAUUUUGUGGAGAGUUUGUACGAUACCACUCUGGACCUGUCGUCGAGGAAGAAGCACUCUCUGGCCCUUUACCCCCUGGUGACGUGUCUGCUGUGCGUCAGCCAGAAGCAGUUCUUCCUCAGCCGCUGGCACGUUUUCCUCAACAACUGCCUUUCUAACCUCAAGAAUAAAGACCCCAAGAUGGCACGUGUGGCUCUGGAAUCGCUCUACCGCCUGCUUUGGGUCUACAUGAUCCGAAUAAAGUGCGAGAGCAACACUGGAACCCAGAGCCGCCUGACGUCCAUCACCUCCACUCUGUUCCCCAAAGGGAGCCGCAGCGUGGUGCCCAGAGAUAUGCCACUUAAUAUUUUUGUCAAGAUCAUCCAGUUUAUUGCUCAGGAGAGACUGGAUUUCGCCAUGAAGGAAAUCAUAUUUGACCUGUUGAGUGUGGGGAAGCCGGCCAAGGCCUUCAGUCUCAACCCAGAGCGCAUGAACAUCGGCCUGCGUGCGUUCCUGGUGAUAGCAGACGCUCUGCAGCAGAAGGACGGAGAGCCUCCCAUGCCCAACACGGGAGCCACCCUGCCGUCUGGAAACUCCCUCAAGAAGAAGAAAACGUAUCUCAGCAAGACGCUCACUGAGGAGGAAGCCAAACUAAUAGGCAUGUCCCUGUACUACUCCCAGGUGCGUAAGUCCCUGGACAACAUCCUCAGACACUUGGACAAGGAAGUGGGCCGCUGCAUGAUGCUCACCAAUGUCCAGAUGCUCAACAAGGAACCAGAAGACAUGAUCACCGGUGAGAGGAAACCUAAGAUCGACUUGUUCAGGACGUGUGUCGCUGCCAUUCCUCGCAUCCUUCCUGACACCAUGUCCAAACUGGAGCUCAUCGACCUGCUGUCACGACUCACGGUGCACAUGGACGACGAGCUGCGCCUCAUAUCCCAGAACUCUCUGCAGAGCCUGCUGCUGGACUUCUCCGACUGGAGGGAGGACGUCCUGUUUGGCUACACUCACUUCCUUCUACGUGAGGUGCAGGACACCCACCAGGGUCUGCAGGACGCAUCGGUGAAGCUGCUCCUGCAGCUGCUCACGCAGUGGCGGCUGGCGCUGCAGCUCCAGGGGAAGACGCGGGGCGGAGUGGAGGCCAGCCCCCGGCUGCCGGAGCGGAGCCCCCACUGCUCGGUGCUCCACGCGGUGGAGGGCCUGGCCCUGCUGCUGCUCUGCUCCUGCCAGGUCAGCACCAGGAAGCUGGCGGUCAGCGUGCUGAGAGAGAUACGCUGCCUCUUCACGGCCCUGGGACACGCCGAGGACGAUGACAAACCCAUGAUCGAGAUCAUGGACCAGCUGAGCCCGGCUGUGAUGGACAGCUUUGUCCACGUGGCUGUUUCUGACUCAUCCACGCUGCCGCUCAACCACCACGUGGACCUGCAGUGGCUGGUGGAGUGGAGCGCUCGGCUGGUGAGCAGCUCCUACGAUGUGAAGAGCCCCAGCCACGUGUGGAUCUUCGCCCAGUGUGUGCGGGACCCGUGGGUGCUCUGUCUGCACAUCUUCCUGAGACAGGAGCACCUGCCCAAGCACUGCCCCGUGGCCCUGGGCUACGCCUGGCCCUACGUCUUCACGCGGCUGCAGCUGCUGCUGCCGCUCAUCGACCCCAACAGUCCAGUGAAUGCAAAGAAGACGAGCACGGCGGGCUCCAGCGACAAUUACGUCUCGCUCUGGCGUAACUAUCUGAUCUUGUGUCUGGGCGUGGCCAAGCCGAGCAUCAUGUCCCCCGGACACCUCCGGGCCUCCACGCCCGAGAUCACGGCCACCACGCCCGACGGCAGCGUCACCUACGAUAACAAGGUGAUCGGGACUCCGUCCGUGGCCUGGCUCCUGAAGCAGCUGGUCCCCCUGAUGAGAGCCGAGAGUCUGGAGAUCACCGAGUCCUUGGUGCUGGGAUUUGGAUGCACAAACGCUCUCGUCUUCAGAGAGCUGGUUGAAGAACUCCAUCCUUUGAUGAAGGAAGCACUGGAACGUAGGCCUGAGAACAAGAAGCGUAGAGAGAGGAGGGAUCUUCUCCGACUGCAGCUGCUGAGGAUCUUUGAGCUGUUGGCUAACGCCGGAGUCAUCAGUGACAGCACUAACGGAGCUCUGGAGCGCGAGUCUCUGGCUCUGGGGGCUCUGUUCCUGGAGUACGUGGACCUGACCCGGAUGCUUCUGGAAGCUGAGAAUGAGAAGGAGCUGGACGUGCUCAAAGACAUCAGAGCCCACUUUAGCGGCAUGGUGGCUAAUCUGAUCCAGUGUGUUCCCGUUCACCACAGGCGCUUCCUCUUCCCUCAGCAGUCUCUGAGGCAUCACCUCUUCAUUCUGUUCAGCCAGUGGGCCGGGCCCUUCAGCGUCAUGUUCACGCCUCUGGACCGCUACAGCGACCGCAACCACCAGAUCACUCGCUACCAGUACUCUGCCCUCAAGGCCAUGUCAGCGGUUUUGUGUUGCGGCCCAGUUUUCGACAACGUCGGUCUGUCGGUUGACGGCUACCUCUACAAAUGGCUGGACAACAUCCUGGCCUGCCAUGACCUGCGGGUGCACCGUCUGGGGUGUGAAGUGGUGAUCCUGCUGCUGGAGCUGAACCCGGACCAGAUCAACCUGUUCAACUGGGCCGUGGACCGCUGCUUCACCGGGUCCUACCAGCUGGCGUCCGGCUGCUUCAAGGCAAUCGCCACCGUCUGUGGAAACAGGAAUUACCCUUGUGACCUGGUGACGUUGCUCAAUCUCGUGCUCUUCAAGGCCUCAGACACCAGCAGGGAAAUCUAUGAGAUCUCCAUGCAGCUGAUGCAGGUGCUGGAGUCUAAGCUGUGUGCGUACUCCAAGCGGAUGGUGGAGCAGAAGCCGGCUAACAUCCUGUACGGGACACACGGCCCCCUGCCCCCCCUGUACAGCGUCAACCUCUCCCAGCUCUCCAUCCAGCUGGCCAGCAUGUACCCGGAGCUCACGCUGCCUCUCUUCUCAGAGGUGAGCCAGCGCUUCCCCACCACCCAUCCCAACGGCAGACAGAUCAUGCUGUCCUACCUGCUGCCGUGGCUCAGCAACAUCGAGCUGGUGGACAACGGCCUGCUGCCCCCGGCCUCCAGCCCCUGCACGCCGGAGGAGGAGGCCCGCGGCCAGGCCCAGGGCAUGUGCUCCAGCCUGAGGGGCAGCGGCUGGGGCUCCCUGCAGGCCACGUCGCUGGUGCUCAACAACCUCAUGUUCAUGACGGCUAAGUACGGAGACGAGGUUCCGGGGCCAGAGAUUGAGAAUGCGUGGAACGCUCUGGUGUCCAACGAGAGGUGGAUGAACAACCUGCGGAUCACCCUGCAGUUCCUGAUCAGCCUGUGUGGCGUCAGCAGUGACACCACGCUGCUGCCCUAUAUCAAGAAGGUGGUGAUCUACCUGUGUCGCAACAACACCAUCCAGACGAUGGAGGAGCUGCUGUUUGAGCUGCAGCAGACGGACCCGGUCAACCCCGUGGUGCUGCACUGUGACAACCCUCCCUUCUACCGCUUUGCUGCCAGCAACAAGGCCUCCACCUCCCAGACCGGCACGACCUCCAGCAGCAACACAGUGGUCGCUGGCCAGGACAUCGUGCUGGAUCUGGAAGACAACAAGAUGGUCAGAGAGAAUGAAGAGCGGAGGGCGAGGGCUCACAACAGACUGGAGUCCCGCUACAGCAACAGCUCCGGAGGCUCCUACGAGGAUGAGAAAACUGACCCCCUCCCACCGUACGCCGGGUGGCUGCUGAGCGUUCUGGAGAACAACCGUCCUCAGCCGCUGCCCAUGCCGGUGAACGGAGGCUGCUGGGCCCCGCUGGUGGACUACCUCCCUGAAACCAUCACCCCCCGGGGGCCCCUGCACAGGUGUAACAUUGCUGUUAUCUUUAUGACUGAAAUGGUGGUGGACCACAGCGUGAGAGAAGACUGGGCUCUGCACCUGCCGCUGCUGCUCAACGCUCUCUUCCUGGGUUUGGACCACUACAGACCUGAGGUCUAUGAGCACAGCAAACGUCUGCUUCUUCACCUCCUCAUCGCUCUGUCCUGCAACAACAACUUCCAGGUAAUAGCCUCAGUUCUGAUGCUGACGAGGGAGAUCAGCGACAACAAGACCCUCACCAUCAAGUCCAGCUACCACACAGAGUACCAGCACUCAAAUGCGCCGGACUUCCUGCGAGAGUGGCAGGCGUCUCCCGUGGUGGAUUCAGGGCUCAGUUCCACCUCCAACUCGUCCUCCGCCAGCCUGGGCGGCGGCAGCACUGCAGGCAGCGUCGGGAAUCUGCCUCUCGUUACCCCCGACGACCUGGAGGAUCUGGAGGAUGCUCCCAACGAGACGGACGAGAAGACAAACAAGCUCAUCGAGUUCCUCUCCACCAGUGCCUGGAGUACUGUGUUGUCGUUGCUCAGAGCGUUGGGUCCGCUGUGGGCGCAUGAAGACAUCACCCCUAAAAACCCCAACUCCAAGAGCACGGAGCAGCUGAGCAACUUCCUCCGACACGUCGUCUCCGUCUUCAAGGAAUCCAAAUCUGACUUCCACCUGGAGCAGCAGCUGAGCGACGUGGCCCUGCAGACGGCUCUGUGCAGCUCCUCCCGCCACUACGCCGGCCGCUCCUUCCAGAUCUUCAGGGCCCUCAAACAGCCCAUCAACAACCACGCCGUCUCCGACCUGGUGUCCCGGCUGGUGGAGGUGGUGGGGGAACACGGAGACGAGGUGCAGGGCUACGUGAUGGAGGUGCUGCUGACGAUGGAGUCGGUGGUCGUCAAUCUAGCAGAGUGUCUAAAGAACAGUGACCUCAUAGCAGCUCUCACCAGGACUUCCUCGCCAGACUUUGUGAUGAACGACAAAGUGCUGAACAGAAAGAGCACGGGUCAGCUGAACUUCCCCGGCCCGGGCUUCCCCGGCCUGUCCUCCCAGCGCCACCAGCGCUCCUACUCCGUCCCCAAGAAGUUUGGCGAGUGUGGGAAUCUGUCGAGUGACCCGCCCCGCAGCGCCACUCUGGACCGAAUGCAGGCUCUGAGCAGCCACGGCCUCGCCCGCAAGGCCCGGACCCCGGGAUCCUGCUCCUCAUCCACCAACCGCAUCGACCCCAGCGUCCUGUCGGACCCCGCACACGUCUCCCAUCCUUCCACCAUACUCGCCACAGUUUUCUGGGUGGCCGUGUCACUGAUGGAGUCAGACUUUGAGUUUGAAUACCAGAUGUCUCUCCGCCUCGUUCACAAGCUGCUGUCCAAGGUGCCGUUAGACCGAGCGGAGAACCGCGAGCGUCUGGAGAAGCUGCAGGCUCAGCUGGGAUGGAGCGGCUUCUCUGGGAUCCAGCAGCUUCUGCUGAAAGGUUUCACCUCCCAGACCACGUCCGACCUCACCUUACAACUGUUCUGCCAGCUCACGCCGGUCUCCCGCGUGCCUGUGGUCGACAUCUCCCAGUCUAUAGGUUUCCCUCUGAACGUGCUGUGCCUGCUGCCUCACCUGGUGCAGCACUUCGGACAUCCAACACAGUUCUGUAAGGAGAGUGCUGAAAGGAUUGCACAGGUGUGUUUGGUGGAGAAGAACACCAAGCUGUCCCAUCUGGCCCAUGUGAUGACGCUGUAUAAGACUCGCUCGUACACGCGAGACCCGUUCUCCUGGGUCAGCGUGGUGUGCCGUUACCUCCACGAGGCUUUCUCCGACAUCACGCUCAACAUGGUCACCUACAUGGCCGAGCUACUGGAUAAGGGCCUGCCCAGCAUGCAGCAGUCUCUGCUCCAGAUCAUCUACUGUCUGCUGAGCCACAUGGACCUGACGGCCGUACAAGUCAAACAGUUCAACGCUGACGUCACCAAAACCAUCGAGAAGUUUGUCCAUACGAUCCACUGGAAGGAUGCGUUAAACAUCUUGAAGCUGGUGGUGUCCCGCUCUGCCAGCCUAGUCCACCCCGUGUACAGCCACACACAAGGGGAUCUGUCCAACCUGGAGGUCAGCCGGGUGUGGGACGGUUCAGCCAAGGCCCUGCCUGGGAAAACACUGGAUUUCACCUUUGACAUCUCUGAGACACCGGUGAUUGGGCGUCGGUUUGAUGAGCUCCAGGGUUCUGGGGUUAGGGAAGGAAAGGCCAGAGCCAUGGCUGUCACCCGCAGCACUUCCUCCACCUCCUCGGGAUCCAACUCUAACACCAUCCUGGUGCCCGUCAGCUGGAGGCGGCCUCAAUCCUCCCAGAAAAGAACCAGAGAGAAGCUGGUGACGGUGCUGUCUCUCUGUGGACAGGAGUUUGGACUCACCAAGAACCCCUCGGUGAUCUUCUCCUCCUGUGGAGACCUGGAUAUGAUGGAGGUGCGAGAGAGCGGGGUGUCGUCGGAGGAGGGCGGCACCAGAGACGACACCCUGGACGACACGGCCAGCGAGCAGCAGUUCAGAGUCUUCCGGGACUUUGACUUCCUGGACGUGGAGCUGGAGGACGGAGAGGGCGAGACGGUAGAUAACUUUAACUGGGGCGUGCGGCGGAGGUCUCUGGACAGCACGGAGCUGGGGGACCUGCUGGAGGAGAGCCAGCACUCGGGCAGCACCCCCAGUCUGGGCCACGAGGACCCCCACGACUCAGACGAGUCCUCCGAGGAAGAGGAGUCCUCCACCAGCCAGAGCCUCUCCCACUCCCAGCUCACUAAUCCUUCUCCAUCGGAGGAAACCAACCCCACGGAUUCUCUGUCUACUUCAUACGACACAUCUGCUGACCCCCAGUCCUUCAACGCCACGACGCCGGGUCAGGGAGCGCUCCACGAUGAUCACAUUGGCCUGCAUGUGAGGGCGUGUGGUGAGGACGAGGACACUCAGGCUCAGGACGACGAGCUGUCCCUCAGCAUCAAUGAGCUGCCUCACGGCUCGGACUGUGGGGAGAGUUUUACUCUGGAGUUGCCGGGACAACCUCAGGAUCAGAUCGCUAAUCUGGACCACCACCUCAACCCGGACUACUGCCAGCCCCCACUGGACUUCCUGGACCCAAACUGUCUGCCCAGUUUACGGGAUGAUGUAGACGACCUGGAGGACCUCGGGUUUCCUCCACCUCCGUCUCCAUUUUUCUCUGCCAUCUUGGCAGCGUUUCAACCUACAGUGUUUGACGAUGCUGAGGAGGCCUGGCGUUGCCAUGUCAACCAACUUGUUAUGGACUCGGAUGGGUCUUGUGCAGUCUACACUUUUCAAGUCUUUUCAUCUCUUUUUAAGAACAUCCAGGGGAAAUUCUGCACUUUGACCACUGACGUUGCCACCUAUCUCGGGGAGGGAUUGAGAGGCAUCGGAUCAAAGUUCCUCAGGUCAUCACAGAUGCUGACCACGUGCUCAGACUGUCCCACCAUCUACAUCGAUGCUGAUACGAUCAUGUCCUAUGGGCUGCUGGAGAAGAUGAAGUUCAGUGCGCUGGAGCUGCAGGAAUACCUGGACACGUACAACGGCAGAGAGGAAGCUGCUGUAUCGUGGCUGAGGAACUGUAAGGAUACGUUUCCCAGGUGUCCUGGUGACAGCGUAGUGACCUGCCAGCCGGGAGAUUCAGAGGAGAAACAAAUGGAAUCUCUUGCACAACUGGAGCUUUGUCAGAGACUCUACAAGCUGCACUUCCAGCUGCUCCUAUUAUUCCAGUCCUACUGCGCCCUCAUUGGCCAGGUUCAUGCCAUCAGCUCAGUGCCCGAGCUCCUGAACAUGUCCCGGGAGCUGACGGACCUGAGGACCAGCCUGCAGGCGGCAGAGACGGCUCUAGCCACGGACCUGGAGCACAAGCACAUGGCCCACACACACGCACAUGCCAGCCAGCUGGCGGCCAUGGUGGUGCCCAGCUUCCCCUCCUCAGAGGCCGCCGUGCAGGCCAUCCUGGAGUGCCUACGCAACAACGAGUUCACCAAGGCCGUGCGCUACAUCCAGGAGUGCAGGAGGCAGUGGCCCGACGGGGUGUUUGGAGGCAGCUCGGAGACAGAGGUCCAGACGCUGCUCAACAUCUACUUCCGGCACCAGACGCUGGGCCAGACCGGCACCAUCGCGCUGGUGGGCUCCCGGCAGGACCUGAGCCUGAUCUGCAGCAAGCUGCUGGAGCUCAACGGGGAGAUCCGCGACAUGAUCCGCCGCGCCCAGGGCUACCGGGUGGUCAACACCUACCUCCCCGACUCCAGCGCCUCCGGGACCAGCCUCUGACAGCAGCUGUGGAGCCCGACCCCACCCCUGCAGCCGAGACCGGCCCGGAACCUCCCUCUGCUGCCCCGGCUGCUCAGCUCCGGGGGGACCGGGGGGACCGGGGUGACGCCUGCUCACCGCCCUGUUCAGCACUAGACCCACAAGCACA